AUGGUUACAACAAAUAAACCAGAGCAAAGGAAAAAGAAAAAUGAUGAUGAAAAUCAAUUGCAACUCUACUCUUUGUUGAAUGAAAUAGGUUGUAAGGAUUUAGAUCAUUUAAGAGAAUUAUUAGCGGGGCAGAAACUUACAAAGAUAUUAGCAGAAUUAGAUGACCGAAGGAAAAAUGUUAAAAACUUAAAUUUUGAUUUAACAAAAAAAAGUGAGGAAUUAUCAAGGUUGAGUUUUCAAAUAAAAUAUUUAGAAGAACAUUUCAAAGAGCGAGAACAAGUAAUCAAAGUCGAACAGCAAGAAACUAUUAAC